GUCAGGAUUCAUCAGCCUUCGGACUAACACCUCACGCGUAUCCUCUACAACUACACAAUGGCAUUCAAAGCAUCCCUCGUCCUCCUCGUCCUCGCCGCCGCCCUCAGCCGCGCCGCCGAGGAAGCGCAGAAGGAAGCGCCGAAGGACUCGAGCCGCAACCUCCUGAACAGCGAGACCCAGACCGUGAGCGUCGGCUACAGCAGCUUCGUGAGCCUCGUGGCCGUCGUGGUGGGCGCGCUCGUCGUCAUGGCGCUGAUGACGUUCCUCGGCAGGAGGGACGAGGCCGGCGGAUACGAGGCCCCCGCGAGCUACACACAGACGUCCGGACCCGCUGCCUACGAGAAGGUGUACAGCGUCCUCAAUAGCCUCAAGGAAGCAGCGAGAAAAUUUCAAUGAGCUGUAGGAUUUAAUGUGCUUUUAAGGAUUUUUUUUGUUGAGUCCGGAUAUGUGAUGUUCUCUUGUUACCUAAUUUAUCCAUGAUUUGAUAUGUUGUAUAUAAUAUAUGGAAGAAAAACA